AUGGCCAUCGGCUUGGCUCCGCCCGUAGCAGUCUGUCCCCGCGACGCCCCUGUUCACCAAGUCCCUCUACCGGAGCCCCGCGCAUCGCCCUGUUUCCAUGUGCUCGACGUCGGCUGCAUCGAGCAGCAGCAGCUACCAGCACCAUCGGGCCUCUACCUCCCCUGCCGCCUCGACAAGUCCGGCCUCCUGCAGCCCCUUUUCGUCCCUAACCGAGCAGUGCGCCUUCUCAUCGCCCUGCCUCCAUGUCCACUGCGUGUGCCAGCGCCCAUGUCCAAGUACCACGUUUUCUCUGCUGCCCCGUGCACCUUUGGCUGCUGCCUUGAGAGGCCCUUUUGUCGUGAUUCAUUUCGGGUCGGCCAGAACGAGAACGCCAAGUACCUUCGCCGAAGAUUCAUGUAUAACUACCAUCGCCAAGACCCCGUGAACGUCUACACGACGACCGUCGAGUACCUCUUCGUGAGCUUGGCUGGGUCAAGCACUUCACUGAUAAUCCCAUCACCUCAUGUAGCUCCAGUGAACUCAGAUGACCCAGCAUGGAAGCAUUGCAUGAUUCUGGACAUGACCAAGAAGGCCUCUGUGGAAUGCAACUUCUGCCAUGGUGUUUACAUUGGUGGUAUUACUCGAAUGAAGUACCACCUUGCAAAUGUCAAGUAUCAAAAUGUCGUUUUGUGCCAACAAGUUCCAGCUGAUGUGAAGCAAGAGAUGAGGGAGCUGAUCUCAAGGAAAGAUGAAGCAAAGGAAAAGAAGGCCAGGGAAUCAACAAUACACAGAAGUGACGUCAAUUUGGAUGGAAAUGAUGCUAGGGAUGCUGAUGAAGAUGACAUCUUGGGUGGUGGUAGUGGGGGUGGUUUGCUCGUAUUAUCAGGGAAACGACAGAGUAAGGGCAACACAUAUGGUUCUAUGGAUAAGUUUUGCACCAAGUCAACAGAAGAGGUUGUGGCCGCAAGGAAGGGGGAAGACUUUUCUACAAAGUUGCAAACUAAGUUGUCCACUCAAAGAAGGGAAAAGAGGCGGGUUCGUGCUCGUGAGUAUGUUUGUCAGUUCUUCUAUGAAGCCGGAAUUGCCCACAAUGCAGUCUUGCUUCCAAGCUUUGAACUUAUGCUUGAAGCGGUUGGAGCGUUCGGGACAGACAUGAAAGGCCCCACUCCUUAUGAAAUGGGUGGCCCUUACUUACAGAAGAGCAAGAAGAAAGUCGAGGAAGGAUUUGCUGGACAUAAAGAAGCAUGGAAGCUCAGUGGAUGUACUGUCAUGACAGAUGCAUGGACAGACAAAAGAGGAAGGGGAGUGAUGAAUUUGGUAGUUCAUAGUGCCUAUGGUGUUGUUUUUGUUGAUUCUGUGGACUAUUCAGAUGUGAGAAAAGAUGGCAAGAUGAUAUUUGAUCUUGUUGAUAGAUGCAUAGAAGAAAUUGGGGAGAAGAAUGUCGUUCAAAUUGUAAUGGAUAAUGCCUCAGUCAAUAUAGCAGCAGCAGCAAUGAUGAAAGUGAAGCGUCCCUCCCUAUUUUGGAAUGGUUGUGCAGCCCACACAAUUGAUUUGAUGUUGGAGGACAUAGGGAAGCUUCCUAUAAUCGAACAAACCAUUGCCAAAGGAAAGGCUGUGACUGUGUUCCUUUAUGCGCAUACAAGAGUUUUGGCAUUGAUGAGAAAAUUUCUUGGAAAAGACCUAGUCCGCUCUGGUAUUACUAGGUUUGCAACAGCAUAUUUGAACUUGAAGAGCUUGCAGGACAACAAAAAAGAGCUACAAAAGUUGUUCAGGUCCGAUGAACUCAAUGAAAUGGACCACCUAAAAAAGGCAAAGGGGAAGAACGUAGCUAAAAUCGUUCGCUCUGAAACUUUCUGGAAAGCAGUAGAUACCGCUGUCAAUUUCUUUGAGCCAAUGGCAAAUCUUUUGAGGAGGAUGGAUAGCGAUGUUCCGGCAAUGGGUUUUAUUCAUGGUUGUAUGUUGGAUGCAAAGAAAGAGAUCUCCGUGAGGUUUGACAAUGACAAGUCUCGCUUUCUGGAAGUGUGGGACAUCAUUGACAAGAGAUGGGACAACAAGUUGAAGACUGCAUUACAUAUGGCUGGAUACUACUUGAACCCAUACUAUUAUUAUCCAAACAAGCUUGAUAUUGAGAUCGAUGGUAGUUUCAAAGAAGGGCUGAUAACUUGUAUUUCAAAGAUGGUUGAAGAUCCUAUCAUGCAAGAAGAAAUAAUCGAUGAGAUUGACCACUAUCAAGAGGGGAUAUGGUCUUUUGGAAGGGACAUUGCUGUACGGCAAAGGAAAAACAAGAAGUUUGAUCCAGCUAAAUGGUGGAUGAACCAUGGGACAAGUGUUCCAAAACUAAGGAUCUUGGCUGCAAGGAUUCUUGGUUUGACGUGUAGUUCCUCUGCUUGUGAGAGGAACUGGAGUGUAUUUGAUCAACUAAUGCCAAAUGGCGAUGAAGAACAAGGUGAAGAUCAAGAUCAAGAAAUUCCAUAUGCAAGCUUGCAUGCUGGACUAGGAACUUCUGGUAUCAAUCCACUUAAAAGGAAGAGGGGUGUCCAUGGUAAGAAGAAGAAGAAGAUGAUGAUCCCUGUUACUCCUCAAGAAGAUCGGCUCUCUGCUUCCUCUGCUUUAGAAAGUGACGACGACGAGGACACCGACAUGAGUUCUGGUUCUGACAUGUGA